AUGAGCUUCUCACUCAAGUUCUCAGAGCUGGUCAACAUCGCCAUCCCGCAGUGCGGGGUGGUGAACUUCAAGGCCCUGCACUUCCUGCUCCAUGGGAUCCUGGAGCACAUCCACAUGGCGGAGCUUGAGAAGGACCUCUCUGGGGAUGAGGACUUCCUCCAAGCCUCUGUGUCAGUCACGUUCCCACCACGGGAAGGGGACGCCCAACCCACCCUCAGCCCCCUGAAGAGGCUCGGCAACAUCUUCGACCACCUGGUGAGCCGCGUGGACAUGCUGGAGAGCCAGCUGGCUGCCCUGAGGGACGUGCCGUCCACCGCCCAGCUGCUGGAGAGCAGCCAGGGCACCAGGCAGCCCGCCCAGGAGCUGUGGAACCUGAUCAGGCUCCGGAAGAAAGUGGAGGGCAACGAGGAGGCUGUGGCCAAGUCCAUAAGAACCCUGCAGGAUUUGCUCACGGACAUUUAUGCACUGAAGGUCUCCGUUGAAACCCUCAGGAAGGAGGUGGCCAUGCUGAAAGACGUGUUUGAGAAGAUCAGUCCACAAAGAAUAGACGCCUUCUCAGAAGAUUUGAGAGGGCAGAACCGGAAGAUGAGUGUGCUGCAGCGGGAAGUGACUUCUCUCCAGAGCAAGGUGACCGCCAUCCCCAAACCCGAGGACCUGGUGCUCUGGAGCAGUCUUCACGAGGCCAUGUUCAUCCCGGGAGCUGCUCCACAACUGCUGGGAGACUCCGACCUGUGGCAGAUCUCAGAGCUCGCCUCAGAGACCACCAUUGCUCAGACAGCCAAGGACCAUGGAGGAGGGGGUCUCAGCCACUUCUCAGAGGCCGUCCAGCACCCCAGGUUCCUGGAGACCAUCUGGCAGUACCAGGCGCCAGGGCAGAGGCUGGAGGAGGAGUCUGCCCAAGCAGCUCUGCUCCUUGGGGCUGAGGGGCCAGACCAGCCCCAAGUGCUAGAGCCUGGGCCUGGGCCUGGGUCUGCGUUGGGACCCAGGCCUGCACCUGGACCUGAGCCUUCAUCUGAAGCUGGGCCUGCGUUGGGACCCAGGCCUGCACCUGGACCUGAGCCUUCAUCUGAAGCUGGGCCUGUGUUCGGACCCGGGCCUGCUCCUGGGCCUGGGCUUUCAUCCGAAGCUGGGUCUGAGUUUGGACCCGGGCCUGCACCUGGACCUGGGCCUGGGCCUGCGUUUGGACCCAGGCCUGCACCUGGACAUGGGCCUUCAUCUGAACUUGGGCCUGCGUUCGGACCCGGGCCUGCCCCUGAACUGGAACCUGCCCCGGGCCUUCAACCCACACCAUCAGGAUCCUGGACUGUACCACCGCAAGGCUGGCCUCCUCCCAGAGGCUUUCCCGGAACCAGCCCUUGGCCUUUCUGGGGCUUCCAGCCUGGCCUAGGCCCAAUGGGCUUCCCGCCUGCCGGGUUCCGGGGCCUCAGGGCUCCACCCCCAGCCAUGGAGCUGAGCUCAGCUUGGCCUCGUUUGCAGCGGUCCAUGUACCACCAGGGAGACAUGUCCAAGCUCUCAGCUGUCUCAGAAAAGGAGGAAUACUCCUCCAUGGAAAGGGGAGGCCCUCGGGACAGAGCCCUGAGAGCUGAAGUCCCCCCAGGAGGCCUUCCUAAGGGAUUCCAGUCUGCCGUUCAGCAGAUGAAACCCAGCGCUGCCCUCACGGCCGCGGCCGCUGCCUCCUACACCUCUGAUGUGGCUGCAUCGGCGGCCCGGGCAGCCAAGGCCGCUGCCAAGCUGAUCAAGGACGCCCCUGCCACCAAACUGGCCGCUGUAGCAACAGCCGCAGCCUCAGCUGGGCCCUUAGGGGUCCUUGCAGAGUUUCUGGGUGCGGGGCCCUCGCAUGGGGCCUUCCCCGGGGACGAGAUGGAAGACUUGCUGGAGGUGGAGUAUAAGGACUUGCUCUCUCCUUCAUACUCUUCUGUCUUCGUCCCUCCCGACACGGCCCUGUCCCAGGCCAUGCUGGCUGCCAAACAUGCCACGACCCCCGAAGACAAGAAGAAGGCUGUCAGGUAUUCCAUGAGCCACAUAGCCCAGAUGCCCGUUAGACACGACACCCUGAAAGAAGAGUUUGCCCAGCUGUCAUCUAACCUGCAGCAGCGUAUGACUUAUCUAGCUAACAUGGGAGCCUCUUCCAAGCUUGGGUCAACAGUGGACAUCUUGCAAGAAAAGAUUGGCAACCUCCAGAAAUCCAGGAUGAAGGAAGAGGAACUUGAGAGAGUUUGGGGCCACCAGAUCGAGAUGAUAAAGGACCACCACAUCGUGCUGGACAGGGCAGUGAACAGGCUCCAGAUUCGCCUGGAUGAGUUAAAGGUUGUCUAUGCUCAACUAAGAAACCUAGAAAUGUACAAGGCAGACAGAAAUGAGAUGGAGCAGGAGUUGAAAGAGAAGGCCGACAAGAGCUCCCUGGCAGGCAAGGCAAGCCGGGCUGACCUGGACACAGUGGCCAUGCAGCUGAAUGAAUUGAUUCAGGGCACGCUCUUCAGGGUGGUUGCCAAUGAGGAUGACUGGAAGAAGGCUGUGGAGCAGUUGGGCAAAGACGUACGUACCAAGCUGGUUCCCAGCGAUUUGGAUGAUCUGAAGAAAGACAUGGACGAGGUCUGGAAAGUUGUCAGGAAGCUGCUGACUGAAGGCCUCCACUUUGACCCGGACAAUGCUGCCGGCUUUAGGAGGAAACUGUUUGAGCGGGUGAAAUGCAUCUCCUGCGACCGGCCCGUGGACAUGAUGACCAGCCCGCAGCUCAUCACCAUUCGCAACACCCACCUGCUGCCAGGGCUGCGGCCGGCCAGCGCCAACAGCUACGAGUACCUGCAGCGCCAGCAGAUGAGGGAACAACAGCAGCUACAGAAACUCCAGAACCUCGGAGCCCCUGAGGGGAGCCUGGACUCACUGGGCCCCCCGCAAGACUGGGGUGACAGCCCCAGAAAUGACACCAACCUCGAGUUCAAACCAUACGGCUUGUCGACACUCUACCCCUACGGGGACCCUGGGCUGUUGGACUAUGACUCCGCCGAGGUGGACCUCCUGGGAGUGGACGGGAUCCUCUACAAGGGCCGAAUGACCGGCAAGGACAGGGCGCGGCCGCUGACUGGCGCAGAGAAGGAGGUGGCAGCUGUGAAGGUCCCACAUCCCCCGGCCCGAAGCCUGUAUGAGGGUGCGCGCCCUAGCACCCUAUUUGGUGCCAUCUACUCCGCCCUGCCCCCCCGCGCCAGCAUGGGCUCAGCCGCCUUGGGCCCUCCGCCGACGAUGCCCGCUCGGCCUCCAUCUCCCCCGCCCGUGCUGCUGCUGCCACCGCUGACGCCGUCUCUGCAGGACCCCCAGCCGGCCCCAGGGGCUGCCAGGCACCCACGGUUCCUGCGCCUGGAGUCCCGAGCCAGAAUGCAGUCCGCCAAGGAGCCCAGCAACCCGUGA